AUGGGUGCUCCCGGUACUUUCCCCUUCACCUCCGAGUCUGUCGGCGAGGGUCACCCCGAUAAGAUUGCUGACCAAGUCUCCGAUGCCAUUCUCGAUGCCUGCUUGGCGGAAGAUCCCCUCUCCAAGGUCGCUUGUGAGACUGCUACUAAGACUGGUAUGAUCAUGGUCUUCGGUGAGAUCACCACCAAGGCUCAGCUCGACUACCAGAAGGUCAUCCGUGGCGCUAUCAAGGACAUCGGCUACGAUGCUUCCGAGAAGGGCUUCGAUUACAAGACCUGUAACGUUCUGGUUGCCAUUGAGCAGCAGUCUCCCGAUAUCGCUCAGGGUCUCCACUAUGAGGAGGCUCUUGAGAAGCUCGGUGCUGGUGACCAGGGUAUCAUGUUCGGCUAUGCCACCGAUGAGACCCCUGAGCUCCUUCCCCUCACUGUUUUGCUCUCUCACAAGCUCAACGCCGCCAUGAAGGCUGCUCGUGUCGAUGGCUCCAUCCCCUGGUUGCUUCCUGACACCAAGACCCAGGUCACCAUCGAGUACGCUCACGACAACGGUGCUGUCAAGCCUCUUCGCGUCGACACCGUCGUCAUCUCUGCCCAGCACACUGACACUCUUUCCACUGAGGAGAUCCGUGAGGUCCUCAAGGAGAAGAUCGUCAAGGGUGUCAUCCCCGCCAACCUUCUGGACGACAAGACCGUCUACCACUUGCAGCCUUCCGGCCGUUUCGUCAUCGGUGGUCCCCAAGGUGACGCCGGUCUGACUGGCCGUAAGAUCAUUGUCGACACCUACGGUGGUUGGGGUGCCCACGGUGGUGGUGCUUUCUCCGGAAAGGACUACUCCAAGGUCGACCGUUCUGCUGCCUACGUUGCCCGUUGGAUCGCCAAGUCCCUGGUCAAUGCCAAGCUCGCUCGUCGUGCCCUUGUCCAGCUCUCCUACGCCAUUGGUGUUGCUGAGCCCCUCUCCAUCUUCGUCGAGACCUACGGUACCUCCGACAAGACCUCUGAUGAGCUUGUCCAGAUCAUCCGCAACAACUUCGAUCUGCGCCCCGGUGUGAUCGUUCAGUCUCUGGACCUGGCUAAGCCCAUCUACGCCCAGACUGCCAAGAACGGUCACUUCACCAACCAGAACUUCUCCUGGGAGAAGCCUAAGGAGCUGAAGUUCUAA